CCCCCCCCCCACCUCCCAUGGAAGACCGAUCUCUGGACUCAAUCUCCACCUCCACCAGCUCAUUGAGCUCGCGCAAGACAUCCAACUUCUUCCCGCCACCGCACCUGCGCCAGAACUCCCUGCCAGUGCUCUCAUCAUUUUUGUCUGCCCCCAUUACCCCUUUACUCACGUCCUCCUCACACUCGACUCCGGUAUUUAAUGAUUUGGACUUCCACCCACCAGACACAAACACAUCCAUAUGGAACACCAGCUUCACGCGAGCAUACAAUAAGCUGAUUCCCGACUUUAUUGGCGAGGUCCACGAAAGCCCCAGCUAUAGCUAUGAGUUUGCGCGUGGGACCCUGGGUAGUUUUGACGACCGGUUCGCCAAUUUUACUACUGGCACCGGGUUGAUUCCGGUACUGACACCGUUGCUCAUGGCUGAGCCGAUCCAAACACCCACCAAGCCGGUUCCACCGACCACUGACUUGGCCCGGUUUUCCAUUGGCGACCGGAGCGUUCGUUCCAAAUCCGAUCCCACCGACCAUCCAGGGGCUGAGGUUCUGACCCAUCCACCCACCUGCCACCGGUCUCGAAGCUCAAGCCCCCAUUUUACCUCUAACCCCCAACCCAAUUCCUCUAACUCUCACCCCAACUCUCACCCCCAUGUGACCGUUAACCUCCACCCUGCCAGGCGCCUCCGCCAACCCCGGCUCUCCAUCCAAAAGUUCCACGAAACUUUCAGCUCCACCUUCUACAAACGCAACAAAAAUGGUUACAUGUUCAUCCGCGAAACCAACGACGACUUGAUCAAAAUCGACGACCUGACCCUAAACCUAACCGUCAGACUCGGUAACGUCUCCAGGGAGGUCAGCAUCAACACAAACACCAUGAAAGACUUUGAACUCGUGAACGACUUUAAGUUUAUCAAACGCAAGUCGGUACUGCGGAGGCACUAGAAACUUCACUGACACCACCAGCGUCAAAACUUGGCAGAUUCCCCAUUUCGGUUUUUGCAGCUAAAGUGUCUCAGGUGGAUUGCCAAAUGCGAACAUUCUAUUGGCCGUUUCUGGUAUCAUCCGAAUCCCCCAAAUCCCCCCACAAUUUCUACACCCCAUUGCAAUUGACACACAAACCCCC